AUGGAGGAUGUUUCGGAAGGAACGACAGAGAACAUUUACGAAUCUCCAACUGGAGACGCUACUAGUACAUCAGAAAACAGAGACGUUUCCGAGAGGGAACUCUUCGAACGACAGAGAAAUCGUUCGUAUUUAACUAAAGAUUUUGCGUUUUUUAUCGCAGCGACAAUCGCCACGUGUUUAUAUCUUCUCUUUGGCGCUGACAUAUUCCGCAAGUUCGAAGAAGAGAGGGAGGUGGCGUUCAGGGAUAACGUGACCGAGGUUUACGACCGUAUACGCAUGCAAUACGGCGUAACGAAAGAAGAUUGUGAUGCCAUGUCCGACUCAUAUGAUCAUUCGUGCUUAACAAUGACGAAAUCUGUUAAGCAGCGCAUACACUGGGAUUUUAUGGGAGCUAUCUUCUUCGCCACUGAAGUGGUAUCGACAAUAGGUUUGGGUCAAACUGCUCCCAAGACGUAUUAUGGACGUUUAUUCUGCAUGGUAUAUUGCAUACCCGGUAUUGCACUGUUUAUAUUAUUUGUCAUCACUCUGCUGGAAAGGUUCUUAGCCUUGUUCGCCUACGCCAAGAGAAAGGUGGUAUACUUUAUCAGGCACUUGCGAGGCCAAAACAAAUAUAAUAUAUCCCCACCACCGACUCGGCUGGAGACCACCGUGUUAUUCGUAGUUGCCUAUAUCGUGCUAUGCUGUUUAUCAGCAUUUCUUUAUCAACACACUGAAGAUUGGAACUACUUUGAAAGCUUUUAUUUUGCGUUUUCCACUUACACAACUAUUGGUUUUGGAGACUAUGUGCCAGUGAGUACAAUCGAUAUUGGAUCACAUGAUAUAGCGUACCACGUGGUGAAUAAUGUAAUGACGUUGUUUGGCGUCUCAAUAGGAAUACCGUGUCUGACUUUCAUCUCGAAAGCUAUCAAGCAAGGCGUGCUGGGCAGUCUGAUGGAGGACGUUUUUAGCAAAAAGGAACAGGAAGUCAAGAAACUUGACGGACAUUGUCCCGCAUGUGAGAAAAAAUACGAAGAAUCUGCGCGUGAGCUGGAGGAAGGACGCCACAUUGGUUUAUUUUUGUCACUCACAGCAGAGCAGAAUAUUCGUAUGAUAACUUUACUGAUCGCCAUAUUUAUUUACUGUGUACUUGGUUCGUGUGUAUUUCCGGAACUGGAACGAGACUUCAUACAAGAGAUAUUUGAGAAUAAAAUAUUACUUGAAGAGAUGAGAGUCAAAUAUUCAAUUGCAGCAGAAGACCUGGCCGACAUAGAUGCUGCUCAAUCCAUGGCUUGUUUUGGUCUGACUGCCCCAAUGAACUUCAAGUCAAGAGCAUUUCUCAUAUGUUACGCUUCUUUUGGAAUUCCAUUGAUGUUUAUGUUUUUGAAUCUAUUAUCUGAACACCUCGUCGUGCUCGUUACCAGCGUUUCACGCCUCAUCAAAUACUUACCUAUAGUCACGUACAACAAAUUAUUUCCGCCAGCGCCCCUCCAGCAGUUUCACCUAUCACCAGAAGAUGGCAUCAACGCAAGCACCUCUCCAUCAUUAACGACAAAACCGUUAAGUUCGACUACAGAUCAAACACACCCAAGUUCAGAAACAUGCAAACAUAGGUGUGGACAGUCAAAACUCAAUUCUAGUGUAGACUCAUUUGCUUCGAUGUCAUUAAACAAUUAUGGAGUGAAGUUUAUUUCAAGUGAUGUAAACUUGUCAAGGGUAGAUAGUGAUAUCUCAGCCAUCGAAGGGAAAUCUCUACCAUGCUCGCCCACUAAUUCCCCUGCUAAUAUCGACCCAGUGCCUACAAUACAUUAUGUAAACGAAACAGAGGCAACGAGUUACGAUACAUUCUCCAUCUCCGGGGACUCCACGUCUUGUGAAUCCAUUAGUGAGAUUACAUCCAGUAGUAGUGCUUUUGUUUCAAGCUCUUCCGUAACACAAGAGUCAACACCGUGUACGAGUUUUGACGGCAGUAUUCACAUGUCACAGACGUCUGCCAUAUGGGAGAAAUUUUCUAGCACCAAAAGUGAGAUGAGAGAACCAACACCAACCCAACCAACCCCCAAACCGCCCACAAAAUAUUUAUAUUUCAAUAGGAAUCUUACAAGCUAUCAAAUCAUGUUAUCCACGUGUGUGGUGUUCAUUGCCACAGUGACUACUGGGACAUUGGUGUACUCUAAAGCUGAAAACUGGACAUAUUUUGAAGCCUGUUACUUUUCCAUCAUAUCGUUCACCACCAUCGGUUUCGGGGACUACGUGACAGCCGUUAAAACGAACGAUUAUUACACUAAUACGCUGGGUACAAAUGUCGGUAAUAACUACGUCGUUAUCAACGUCUCACUACAGUUGAUAGGAGUCAGCAUCACGUUCUUAUUAAUUCAGUGUUUGGCUUUCUUUUUCAAAGAGGCCAUAGAUGCGUUGAUAGAUAAGAUUGGUUAUAUUUGUAAAAAGACGUUUCGUACGUGGUGCAGAAAAAGACGUGCGACAGUCGUCGUGGAUAGUGAGGGCGCUCCACCGAGUCCUCCUGUUUGUCAGUACUGCAGAAAGAUCGCCAAGUCGAUGAGAGAGAGUCGUCAUAUAUACACAGCAAUUAUAAAAUAA